AUGGACAAAUCAAUAUAAAUCAAUUUAAAACUAAAUAGUUAGACAACAAAUAGCUCAAAUGUCAGAUUGAAUAAAUACAAACAUAGAAAUUCCAAGGAUAAAUUUAAGACAGAGUAAAAGGCUAAUCCUUUGAAUACAGAACGGUCAAUACAAUUAACUAACCCCGGUGGUUCCAUUGAAAAUAGCUAUGAGACCAGUCUGUUUAAAGUCAAGUUUAAAAAUCAUUAAAUCUCGACAUCGAACAAUAUUGACAAUUCUCUGGCUGCUGAUUUUGACUUACCAACUAUAUCAUAAAAUCGCUUAAAGAUGUAGGCAUCAGUAUAUGACCCUCUGCUUGAAUAAUCAUAAUCGGUAUAGUUUGCUGAUUUAAAGCUUGAUUUGCAGCUAAACAACAUGAUUUAAAGUCAUGAGCAUAACCUGAAUAGAAUUAACUACUCUAAAUUUAUGAAGUAAAAGCCUGUUGCUUCCUAAAAUUCAAAGCUUAAGGAAAAGUAUGAGAAUUCUUAACAUUAUAGUCAGUCUAAUACCCCUGUAAUGAUAUCUCCAAGACUAGAUGAACUUAAUCCAAUUAAGGUCAUGAAGAACAACGAUAGAAUAAAUAAAACUUCAGAUAGGCAAAAUAUAGAGAAACAGAGAAAUGUUAUAAAUAAUAUGAUUGCCAAUUCAAGAGGUACAAUGCCUUCCCUCUUUAAACAUGAGUUCUAUGAUGAGACCAAAUAAGACGAGUUAGAGAAAAUUCUUCAGAAGAAACUCCAAUAAAAUGCAAUAUUGAAAAAGAAAGGGCGUAAAAAGUACAACACAAAUUAAGAAUAGUCCUGUGAGAAAAAAGCUUCAGCUAUAUUAAAUCUUUCCUAGAUACCAUAUUUGCACUUAGGCAAAGUAACAAUGAAGAACAUUGAGAUGAGAAAUGAGUAAGAUAAAUUCAGCGUACUUAAAAAUGAAUAUUCUGAAGAUAAUGACAAUUAUCCCAAGUCAAGGAAAAUUCAAACUUAAAAUAACAAAGAUGCAUCCUUGCAUAGAAACAACUAAUAUCACUAGAGUCCAAUUAUAAAUCAUAAAGGUGAUAAAUUUGAAAAUAGCUAAUAAUACAGCUCAAAUAGACAAGAUAAUGGAGAAUUCAUCUCAGAGGUUGAUCAAAUAAUGCAAGACUAAAAAUAUCUGAAGGGUCUCAGAGAAAUAAAGGAUUUUGAAUUUAAGAUGUCCUAGAUGGAUAAUCAACUUGAUCAUCAACUCUCAACUAUAGGGGAGACUUUUGAUAGUAAUGAUCGUACAAUAAAAGAACAAGAUAACAAAAUAAAAAACAUUGUUAAAGCCUAAGGAAGAAUGAGCCCUAAAAAUAGAACUAGGUCACCUAAAAGAAGAACAACUGACAUGAAGGUCAAAUAGAAAAAUCAUUCACCAAAGAAUAGGAUAGCUUUUAUGCAAAAGGUGCCUUUGAUGAAAUCUUCCAAUGAUGAGUUUAGCCAAAUUAUGAAAGAGAUCAAUUUUCAUGGGUCAUUUAAAAUUGAUUAAGUUGGAGGAAUGGAUAUUAGAUCUCCUUAGUCUAAGCUUUCUCGAAAAAGCAGAUUCAGAGAGGAUGAAAGAAGUGCAAGUGAUUACUACUAAAAGCUAUUUCAAUAAACAUAGGGAGCAAAUAGUACAAAAUAUGAAUGGAAUAAGAAUGACUAUAUGGGACAAGUUUAAAAUUAGUAAUCAGUUUACGAUUUAGUAGGAAAUUCUGAGAUGCCUUUAAGCAUGGUUGAAUUAAAGAAAAUGCAAUAAGACUAAGAAGCUAUCGAGUAAGCGGAAAUUGAGAAUAUAAUAUCCCAGUUAUUGGAGGCAAACAUAGAAAGUCAUAAACAAAAUGGAUUCGAAAGCCGUUUGAGCAGAUCAAUUACAAAUAACUUUGAUGAUUAUGCUUCAUACGAGCAUGCAAAAGAUUCAAAGAUGAAUUUCUUUAGAUAAUGCCAACAAGAGCUGGUGCUGGCACUGCCGAUACUAAAUAAGAUAAGAUCAAAGACUCUUUAUCUUUAAGGAUAUAUGCUAAAUAUUGGUCAUUGCAAAGCACUCUCAGUUGCUUUUAGAUUCUUUGACAGUUUAAUGACGAGGCUUCACCUGGAAAAUAAUAACAUUAAGGAUGAGUAAUUUAAGGACAUGUUGGAAGGAUUGAACUAUGUUACUGAUCUUAAAUCAAUUAUUUACAAAUCAAAUGAAUUCGGGUCUAAAUCAUUGAAAAUGCUAAAACCUUUAAUAGCAAAGUCAUUACCUUAUCAUCUAGAGGAAUUGAGAAUUAUCAACUGCAAAAUAAGUUCUACUACUACUGAUGAGCUUUUGAAUUGCUUGUAUGAUAGAUGCUUUCUGAGAAAACUAGCUCUAGUUAAUGCAAAUCUUUAAGAAUCUGGCAUGAAAACUCUAAUAAACUAUCUUUAAGAGUCCAGACUUACAGACCUAGAUAUAAGUUGGAAUGGAUUGAAACCUUAGAGUAUGGUUGAAUUCAUCCAAGUUAUUGGCUUAAAUCGCCAACUCAGUUAUUUAAAUAUCAGUUGGAAUAGUAUGCUUGAGAAAAAUGGGUUAACAAUGGACUAUGGAAAUGCUGGAGGAGCUAGGAGAAGUUAAGAAGGCAGCAAAGAUGGUUUAUUUAAAGCGAUGCAGAGAUAAUUAAAAAUGAAGGCACAUACUAAUAAUAAAAAUGAUGUUCAAACAAACAUAAUGAUAAACAUAUCAAACUUUAUAAAGUAUAACAAAAAUCUCCUGCAUAUUGAUCUUUCAAAUACUGGAAUGACUGAGGAUAUGCUCUGGAAUCUUGGCACUGCUAUGAGGAGAUCUAGAAGUAUGGUGUCAAUGCAUCUCAGUGGUAAUCCGGGAAGUCCAAGACAAGAAGAAAUUCAAGAAGGAGUUUAGUUAAAGCAAGUAUUUCAGCACAAAAAAUAAGCAGGUAUGGCUAUAGAAACUGAAAAGAUAGAUUCUGACAAUAAGAAGCUUAUCUUUUAAAGAUUUCUUGGACAUAAAGCAGAAAUGCCAUUUUCUGGAUAAUGGCAAAUGCUUACUGAACCUCUGCAUGACCAUUGCUGGGUUUGCGAUAAAUGGACAUAUACUCUUAUAUUUUGGUCACCAAACAUUGGAUAUUUUAGCUCAAUCGAAAUUGAUAUGUUAUAAAGAGAAAAAAUUCUAGAACAGGUUAGAGAAUACAACCCUGAUGAGAACAGAGGUGCUUCAAAUAACCCGUCAUUAUAUGGAAGUUUUACCAAUUGGAAAAAGAAGGAGUUACUGAAAAUAGAGCAGUUCUGUUAAAUUAUUGAUAAAGAUCCUCCAGAUCUUUAUACUAUCUUAAGACGAAAAAAAUUAAUUGGAAAAGAAUUCUCAACCUAUGAGGAAUUGCCUGACUAAUUGAAAAAGCAGUUUGAUCCUGAGCUAAAAGAUCACAUAAAAAAUCACUAUAGGAAGUCAUUCAAAGAAGUAAUAAUGAAGAAUAGUCUUUACAGGAGGCCAUAUUUGGUUAAUGGCUAGUUCUUGGAAAGAUUUUCAGAUCGAACUUAAGAAUAACUUUAUGUCUACCCCUGCUUUAUCAGAGCUGGAAAGCAUAGCUAUAUUGUAAAGAACACUGAUGAUGAUUAUUUUUUGCAUAAAAUGAUUGCACCCUUCAGAGAGGAAGAUAUCCCAGUUUACAUCAAAUAAUCAAAAAUGAAAGUAUUCUCGAGAGUAUUUAAAAAAGAAACGAGUGUGUUUAGAGAUUGGAAGGAAGACAAUGAUUAAAUUCUUGCUAGAUGUUGCGACCAUGAUUAUAAAUACUGGAAAAUUCCUAGAUUUGUUAAAGACCCUGGAGAAGUAUGUAAAUCUAUUAAUCAUUUAAUCUAUCUACAGCAACAAAAAUGCUUUGAUUAUGUUAUUUAAAACUUCACAAAACUGAAGGAAAUUUUUAUAACAAUAGCAAGCAGAUCUUCAUUUCCAAAUAUAUCGUGGAUUGACUUCACUACAUUUUGUGAGUAGUGCAAAGUCCUUGAUAAAAAUGUCGUACUUGCCACUAUAGAUAGACUAUUUAUUGCUACUAAUGUCGAAAUUGAAAGUACAAGUGACAGUCCUGACAAAAGUCUUUGCAGAUACGAGUUUUUCGAAAUAUUAGUGAGACUUGCUAAUGCUAAAUAUAAAGAACCAGGAAUAGUAGCUACUCAUUCUGAAGCUUUUAGAAAAAUCCUAGAGGAGCAUAUUUUACCAAACGCUUUUGUUCAUCCAUGGCAGGAAUUUAGAGAUAAACAGAUUUGGACUAUUGAAGUAAGUGACACUCUAGAAGUUAACUUAGAUGGGCUUAAAAAAGUCUAUGCCAAGUAUUUUGAUCCAAGAAAAAAAUAUAUGAGUAUGCAAGAUGGUUUAAAUUUAAUGAUGAGAGAUACAGCAGUGGGACUAAUUGAGAAAGAUGCUAUAUUUUGCUAUGGUAUGUGUAAAAUGACAUGCAUUAAUGAGGCUGUGGACUCUUCGAAACACUAUAAGAUUUUACAAUUUGUUGAGCUAUUGGAGUAUAUUUGUAGAGUAGCUGAUUAUAAAUUCAGGAAUAAUGAUGAUAUGAACUUAGUUUAGAAAAUAGAGAUAGUAUUAGAGGAUGUGCUAGCUCUAGUGGAUGUUAAAAGAAAAGAUGUCAACAUUAAAGUUGAUGAUGAAAGCGAAAGUGAUGAUGACUAUUGA